UAUUUUGUUUCCUCUUUCUCCUUUGGUUUCUGAUCAUUCUUAUUCUGAUGCUUCUUUUUGCUCCCUGCAGGUCUUCUCAGUCUUUGCUUUGCUGCGUCCUGGUUGGGUUUGCAGGGAGGUCAUCAGUCUCUAUUGUGUGUUUUCCUGCGCGAUUAGAACAUUAUCAAAAGACAUUUGCUAUGCAAGCCCGCUGCAGCGCGCGGGCAAUACAUCUAGUGUGUUUGUAGACACAUACACACACAUUUGAAGAAAGAAAAAAGUUGAUAUAGGUGGGGAAUUUUUAACAGAAACAUGGACGAGCAAGAGAGCUCGAAGAAGAGAGAGCCGUUGUCCGCGAUGGAAGAGGAGCGGCCUUCCAAGGUGCAGAAAAAUGAAGAACUGACCGCACCAGAGGAGAUUGACAACAGGGUUAUCGAAUAUCUCUAUGGAAUGGAGGAAGAAUUGUUGUUAAAGAAGAUGAAUUUCGAGCAACGGAUGGGCAUAGAUGAUACCCUAUCGAUCUAUAGGGCAAAGAUAGUGGAUGUUUUGGCUCUUCUUUCAUGCCGUCUUGGUCUUGACCAGGAUACUCUACACACAGCAUUUUCAUACUACGAUAGAUACAACUCUUUGAAUCCUGUUGUUGAUACAGAUAAAUUGGAGUUAAUUGGUGUUUCCUCACUAUACAUUGCCGGAAAAUACGAAGAAAGGGCCGGGAUGAAACAAUCUUUUUAUUUUGUGCAAUUUAUGGAUUCUCCGAUUGCAGACGGACAGAUAUUGAACAUGGAGACUGAGAUACUAGGUUGCUUGAGAUAUAAACUGGGCUAUCCUACCGUGAAGACAUUCUUGAGGAUAUUCUUGGAUAAAGUCCAAAAAGAUUAUGAAGAAAAGAACCUCCAGCUUGAGCACAUGGCAUCCUAUAUAGCUGAUCUGAGUUUAGUGGAACAUGAAUGUUGCAAGUUCAAACCUUCUUUACUGGCUUCAUCUAUUAUCUUUCUCAUCAAAUUUUUAAUUCAGCCAAACUCGCAACCGUGGAGUUCUACGUCGGAGCAACGAUUUCGUUAUAUGGCAAGUGAUAUGAAGGAAUGUGUGAACAUUUUAUAUGAGUUGCGUUCGGGUAAAAGACACAGAACGCUUGAAAUAAGAGAAAAAUACCGGCGAGACCAGUUCUUAGGUGUGGCAAAAUCUCCCCUGCCAGAACUAUCUCCUUCUAUUUUUUAUGAUUGCUUGAAGGAUGUGGGGCUGUGACUGAAGGAUGUGGUGCAACACACGUUAGGAGCUUUGCAGCAGAGUUGGUUUGGUGUUGGAACAUUGGGGAAAUGCAAUCAGUUGUAUUCUGGCUAGAAUUCAGGGUUAGUGAACAGGUUGUGUGGGUUAUUGAUGCUGGGUAUCUUGCGGUGGUAAUGAAUUGUUCAGGUUUUGUGGUGGUAUUAGAUUUAAUAAUUUGUUUUGUCUUUGUUUUUUUUAGUUAUUCCAGUUUUAUGAUUCAGAUUAUGAGUGACGCGGGUAAUUUUUUUAAUGAUUUUUUUUUCAACUUUAUUUUUUAAUAUUGGAUUAAUUGGGAGUUAGAUUUCAUAA